GAAACUUAUAAUUAAUCAUGCAUCGAUCAGUGUUACUAACAAUACAGAAAUGAUUGAAAUGGAUAAAGCUGAUACUUUGUUUGUAUUCUCUCAUCAAUUUUGAGAGAGAGGAGAGAGAGAGAGAAGUGAGAAGUUCUUCUCCUACAUACCCAGUUGUUGUUGUUUGUUUCUUGUUUCUUACUUAUGGCCGAAGCUUCGGUAUUUCCAGAAAGAGUGGAAUUUUUAUAAUUUUAAACCUUUUUUUUAAUCAAAUUAUUAUCUUGUUACUCCUAUUCCUAUCACACGUAGAAUUACAGAAGACCUAAUCAAAUUACCCUUCAAAAUCUUUGUGAUUUCGUCAAUUAUUUAACCCUAAUUCCCAGGUUACGUGAAACCCUUGUUGUCCAUCUCUUUCUCUCUCCUCCAUAACUUUUAUCUUUUGGGGCAAGUUCCUUUUUCUUGUUUGUUCAUUUUCUUCUCUUAAUUCCCAUAAUUCUGUUUUUAGAUAUUUUCUCUGCUUAAUUUGGUAGGGAAUUGACGAUCUGAGUUCAUUAAUUGUUUAUUUGACUGUGAAAUUGACAUCUAAUUGUUGAAUUUGUUCAUGGGUGUUUAAGAUUUUGGGGAUUUUUUUGACAAAUUCGUUGGUGGGUGUUUGAUGAUUUAGGGUUUUAUUUAUGAAAUUGUUGAUGGGUGUGUUUGUUUUCUUGAUUUUAUCUGGUGGGUAUUGAGAAUUCAGAACUAAAUUGGUGAUAUUCUUCUCUGUUGCGCUGAAACUCUGCUGAUUUUUGUUUGCUGAUUGUUGCUUUGCUUGAGAUACGGAGUUUGAAUUGCUUGUAGUUGUAGCAAGGUUUCUGCUCAUAGAUUUGUGUUUUGUCUGCCCAAUUUUAGGGUUAGGUAGGUUUUAGUACAAGAACUAUAGUGAUUUUGGAGUUGCGCUUAGUUGUUUGAUUGGUUUGCGCUUCGCUCCAUCGGGUUAUCUGAUAAGUUAUUGUGAACAUUUGGGAGGUUUCUAUAUAGAGGUUGGUGCAAAUUAGCUUGGUAAUUAGGGGCUGAAUAGUCUUAUAGAGGGUUUUCGUCGUUGUGAGGGUAAGAUGAGCUCGAAUGUCACCGGUGGAUAUGUAGCUAAGGGGAAGCUAUUGAUCCACAUUGCCGAAAAUGGCCAUUCAUAUGAGCUCGAAUGUGAUGAUUCCACUGUUGUUGAGGCAGUUCAAAAGUUUAUUGAAUCAGUGGCAGGGAUUCAAUUUGGUGAUCAGCUUCUUCUGUGUGGGGAUAUGAAGUUGGAGUCUAAUGAGGUGCUUGGAGCAUAUAAACUUCCAUCUGAUGAGCAGGAGGUGUUCUGUUUCAACAAAGCGAGAUUGCAAGCCAAUGCGGCUCGUCCUCCGCCAGAACAAAUAGAAAUCCAUGUCAUUCCUGAGCCAACUCCACCAUCUUCAAACCAUGAUGCUCACCCUUUGGAUAAUGCUGUCGAUCCUGCACUCAAAGCGUUGCCUUCCUAUGAGCGGCAGUUUCGAUACCAUUACCAUUGUGGGCAUGCCAUAUACUCUAUGACGAUUGAGAAAUUUGAAAUCUGUGAGAGGCUUCUGAGAGAGCAGAAGGUGCAAGAAAGGGCAAUAGAGAUUGCAAGGCGUAACUUGGAUUACUUUUUUAGGAUUCUUAAUCAAAACUACAUGGAUUUUCUGAAGUGUUACUCCCAGCAGCAUCGUACACAUUCUGAUCUGUUAUUGAAUUUUACUAGGGAAAUCGAAAAGUUAAGAUCUUGCAAACUUAUCCCAGCUCUACAAACUUCCUCUCGCAAGUGUCUCUUGGACCUUGUAAAAGAAGAAAACUUGAGGAAAUGGGUGGAUAACUGUAACAGUUCUCACAAGCAGUUUGAGAACAAGGUUUCACAAUUCAAGCACGUGUUUGGAAAAUUGAAACAUGAUGUUGAAGAACUAUUUUCAAGCAAAGCUUCGUUGCCAAUCAGGGAUCUAGAGUUGAUGAUCAAGGAACAAUGUUGCCACAUCAAUGAACAGCGGAGUAUUAUGCAAUCUUUGAGCAAGGAUGUUAGCACAGUCAAGAAAUUGGUGGAUGAUUGUCUAUCAAGCCAGAUGUCCUCUUCUCUCCGGCCUCAUGAUGCAGUUUCUGCCUUGGGUCCUAUGUAUGAUGUCCAUGAUAAAAAUCAUCUUCCAAAGAUGACGGCUUGUGACAGUUCAAUAUCGGAUCUACUUGAUUACUGCACAACUAAAAAGAAUGAAAUGAACAGUUUUGUUCACAGUUACAUGCAAAAGAUUGCGUAUAUUCAACAUACCAUAAAAGAUGUUCGUUUGCAAUUUAAUGCUUUCUCAGAGGCAAUAAAACGUCAGGAUGCUGUUUUUGAGGGCUUAAAGAUAGUUCGCGGUAUUGGCCCUGCUUAUAGAUCAUGUCUAGCAGAAGUAGUGAGGAGAAAGGCUUCAAUGAAGCUUUACAUGGGCAUGGCAGGACAAUUGGCUGAAAAACUUGCUACAAAGAGGGAGGAUGAGGUGAGGAGACGAGAGGAAUUUUUGAAGGCACAAAGCUCAUUUAUACCAAGGGAUGUAUUAGCUGCCAUUGGAUUGUUUGAUACUCCUAGCCAAUGUGAUGUGAAUAUUGUUCCCUUUGACACUAGCUUGCUUGAUAUUGACAUCAGGGAUAUUGACUGUUAUGCACCCGAGUCUUUGGUUGGACUACCAUUCAAGAGUGAAAAAUCAGGAUCUUCUAGGACCUCGCUUUCUAUGUCCAACAGCAGUUCUUAUUCAGGAGAUGUUGAAAGACAGGCUAUAAUUUCUCAUGAAAAUUAUGAAGACAUUGAUGUGUGUGACUUGGUAGAUGUUGCUGGAACCAGUAAAAUGGAAGUUGAAAAUGCUAAACUGAGAGCUGACCUUGCUUCAGCAAUUGCACAAAUUUGUUCUUUCAGCUCUGAAGUGGAAUAUGACUCACUAGAUGAUAGUAAAAUAGAUAAUUUGCUGAAAAAUACUGCUGAGAAAACAGCUGAAGCAUUGCAGCAGAAAGACGAAUACAUAAAACAUCUUGAAUCAAUGUUGAAGGCCAAACACCAGCAGUGUCAAUCAUAUGAAAAAAGGAUCGAAGAGUUGGCUCAGCAAUUGUCCGAACAGUAUAUGCAGGCUCGGAAAUGUUUGGGCAAUAAUGACGCGACUUACUCAUCAAAAUCAGAUGAUUGCAGGUCAGGAAUUUCGGAUCAUGGGGAGAGACAACUUGCUAAUAGAUCUGGUGAUCUCAUGGAUGAGAUAUCUUGUACAUCUAACCCAGCUGAUGCAAAAGAUGGACUUUUACCUAGGAUGACUAGCAAAGCCCAGGAAGUAGACGAGAAUAUGACUGACUCUUCUGGAAUCCAGAAUCCUCAUUUAGAUUCGUCUAUGAUGGAUCCACAGCGAGAUGAGCAGCUGCUUGCCACUAGUAGUUCCUUGGGUGUUUUACCAUCUGAGGCUCCUGCUGACCUUAGUCUGAGUGCUGCUAAGGUCAAUAAUGAUCUUGUGCUGGAACUGCAAAGUGCACUUGAGGACAAGGCAAAUCAACUGACAGAAACUGAAAGCAGGCUUAAAUCUGUUUUGGAGGAUGUAUCCAAGCUUGGCGUAGAGUUGGAGAAUAGCAGGAAGCUUCUAGAUGAAUCACAGAUGAAUUGUGCUCACCUAGAGAACUGCCUGCAUGAAGCUAGGCAAGAAGCUCAAACUCAUCUUUGCGCUGCUGACCGGAGAGCUUCAGAAUACAACACCCUGCGUGCAUCUGCUGUGAAAAUGCGUGGCCUUUUUGAAAGACUCAAGUCUUGUGUCAAUGCUUCUGGAGGAGUUGCUGGCUUUGCCGAUUCACUGCGUUCUUUAGCUCAAUCUCUUGCCAGUUCUGCAAGUGAUGGUGAAGAUGAUGGUAAUGUUGAGUUCCGUGCAUGUAUAAGAGUCCUCGCUGAUAAAGUUGGUAUUUUAUCGAGGCAGCGUGCUGAGCUGCUCGAUAGGUAUUCAAAGGCUGAAGCUGCAAACAAACAGCUCUCAAAAGAUUUGGAAGAGAGGAAAGAAAUGGUCAAGACACUAUACACAAAGCAUCAACAUGAGAAACAGGCAAAUAAGGAAAAAAUCUCUUUUUGCCGUUUUGAGGUUCAUGAGAUUGCUGCCUUCAUCCUCAAUUCAUCAGGGCAUUACGAGGCAAUAAGCCGGAACUGCCCCAAUUAUUUUCUAUCUCCAGAAUCUGUUGCCUUGUUCACUGAUCAUCUUCCUAAUCGACCUGCCUAUAUUAUCGGACAGAUUGUCCAUAUAGAGCGACGUGUUGUGAAGCCACAUUCAGGUGUGCCAAGGCACGAACAAAACAGCGGAGGAGAUCAAGCUGACUGCUUGAAAUCAUCAUCAUCAUCAUCAUCAUCAUCUGACACCUUAGCUACUCAUCUCCCUGUGGGAUGUGAAUACUUCAUCGUAACAGUUGCUAUGCUACCGGAUACAACCAUUCAUUCGCCAGUGCCUUCCUGAUCUCUGGCAAUAAUCCUAACAGACAUGAUGGAAGUAGGGAUAAUAAAAUAAAAAAGAAAAAAAAAAAAUAGAAACUGUAAAUUAUGUAUCAUAUUAUGAAACUUAACAUUUAUAUCCCUCGUCUUUAUCAGAGGUUUCCUGUACAGUUGAAUGGUAACCUGACUUUGGUCUAGACUUUUACCUUUGUAAAUAAUGUUACUUAGCAUAGAACUGUGCACUGAACGUACUAAGUACAAAGUAUUAGUUUUUUUCAGUGAUCUUUAUUUC